CCCGUGCCCCGGCCCAUGUCCCGGCCCCCGGCGCCGCCCGGCUCCCCGCGCCGCUUCGGGGCGCUCAGCACCGCGCAGCUCCGCGCCCUGCUGCAGGACGAGCCCCGGCUGCAGCGCGCCGCCCGCCUCAGCAGGAAGUUUCAGAGUCUGCAGCUAGAGCGGGAGAUGUGUUUGGCUUCAAACUGCACCCUGGCCAGGGUGAACCUGUCCCUGCGCCCGCGGCUGGAGGAUGGGAAGGCUUCCCUAGCCAUCAAGUACCAGGAGCUGCGGGAGAUACGAGAGGCCUGUUGGGACAAGCAGCAGCGCCUGGAGGCGUACCUGGAGAAGUGGAGCCCGCAGAGCGCCCUGGGCCAGCUUCAAGCAAAGCUCGAUGCCUCCGAGGCAGAGUCAGAGGCACAGAUAGAGCAGUUCCUGGCCCAGGACCUGCCCCUCGAUUCCUUUCUGGAGUCCUUCUGCCAGAGCCGCACACGCUCCCACAUUUGCCGGACGCAGCUGGAGAAACUGCAGGAGCUGCUGCAGAAGGACCAGGUGGGCAGGGACCCUGCGGGCCCCGCGGGGCACCCAGGUGCCCUGGCUAGCCCAGCACCAGCCCGCCUUGCCCCGUUGCGGAGUGGAGUAACCCCCAAAGCCUUCGAUCUCUCCUACGGCUUUGUGCCUGCCUUUCUCAUCCCCUCGGAGGCCGUUGUGCCCUUUGCCAUGCCAGCUGCACCUCCCAGACACCAUCUCCCAGCCCUGGGACACCAGCCAGCAUCUCCCUGCUCCAAAAUCCCCAGCCCAGGCUCGCCCCUGCGCCUCGUUGGACACAUCUCCCUGCUCAGCCCCCAGCCCUUCCGCAGGCAGCAGCGGCCACGACACCAAAAGCAGGAGCAUCCGCACCGGUAGCAGGGCAGGGACAGGGGAUGUCCCCGCUCCUGGCCCUGUGCCUCCAUGGGGGCUGUGCGGGAACACCCUGGCCGGGGAGCAUGUGGGGGUGGGUGUGUGGUGUAGGCACAGCUCCGAGGGGUUGCGGUAUCUGUUGGGCAG